AUGAGGUGGCAGCGCAGCUCUCAGUUUAGAGGGCUUUGGCCGGAGGCCGCCCCAUGGGCAGUCCUGCUAGCACUUGGCGUGCCCGGGUGGGUGCUGACUGCCUCAGCCACCGUGGCCGCUGUGGUCCCGGAACAGCAUGCCUCCUCGGCUGCACAGGCUCCCCUGGACUGGCUGCUCACAGACAGAGGCCCCUUCCACCGCGCCCAAGAGUAUGCUGAUUUCAUGGAGCGUUACCGGCAGGGGUUCACCACCAGGUACAGGAUCUACAGGGAGUUUGCCCGAUGGAAAGUGAACAACUUGGCCCUAGAAAGGAAAGACUUCUUCAGUUUGCCCCUGCCUCUCGCCCCAGAGUUUGUCCGCAACAUCCGCCUCCUCGGAAGGAGACCCAACCUGCAACAGGUUACUGAAAACCUCAUCAAAAAGUACGGCACCCAUUUCUUACUUUCUGCCACUCUCGGAGGGGAAGAGUCCCUGACCAUUUUUGUGGACAAGAGGAAACUGAGCAGAAAGUCAGAAACAUCAGGAGGUGUCCCUGUGGUUGGGGGCAGUGGGAACAGCUCCGCUGUGUCCCUGGAAACCCUGCACCAGCUGGCGGCUUCCUACUUCAUUGACAGAGAGAGCACACUGCGCAGACUGCACCAUAUCCAGAUAGCCACAGGGGCUAUUAAGGUCACAGAGACCAGGACUGGUCCACUGGGCUGCAGCAACUAUGACAACUUGGAUUCAGUCAGCUCUGUCCUGGUUCAGAGUCCAGAGAAUAAAGUGCAGUUACUGGGCCUGCAGGUGCUGCUUCCUGCACACCUGCGUGAGCGGUUUGUGGCGGCAGCACUUAGCUACAUCACCUGCAGCUCUGAGGGUGAACUUGUCUGCAGGGAGAAUGACUGCUGGUGCAAGUGCAGUCCUACUUUCCCAGAAUGCAACUGUCCUGAUGCUGACAUCCAGUCCAUGGAAGACAGCCUGCUGCAGAUCCAAGACUCCUGGGCCACUCACAACAGGCAGUUUGAAGAGUCAGAAGAAUUCCAGGCCCUGCUGAAGAGGCUGCCCAGUGACCGAUUCCUGAACUCCACAGCCAUCUCCCAGUACUGGGCCAUGGACACUAACGUCCAGCACCGCUACCAACAGCUGGGAGCCAGCCUGAAAGUCCUGUUAAAGAAGAUGCACCGGAUCGUCCGCCGCCUCUUCAAUCUCUGCAAGCGCUGCCAUCGGCAGCCCCGUUUCCGCCUGCCCAAGGAGAGGUCCCUGUCUUUCUGGUGGAACCGAAUCCAAUCCCUUCUCUACUGUAGAGAAAGCACCCUCCCCGGGACCUUCCUGGAACAGAGCCACAGCUGCACCUGUCCCUAUGACCAAUCUUCCUGCCAGGGCCCCAUCCCAUGUGCCUUGGGUGAAGGGUCUGCAUGCGCCCACUGUGCUUCAGACAAUAGUACUCGCUGCGGGAGCUGUAACCCUGGCUAUGUGCUGGCCCAGGGACUGUGCCGUCCCGAGGUAGCUGAGUCCCUGGAGAACUUCCUGGGACUGGAGACAGACCUGCAGGACCUAGAGCUGAAGUACCUGCUGCAGAAGCGAGACAGCCGCAUUGAGGUCCACUCCAUCUUUAUCAGCAACGACAUGCGCCUGGGCAGCUGGUUUGACCCUUCCUGGAGGAAGCGGAUGCUGCUGACUCUGAAGAGCAACAAGUACAAGCCCGGGCUGGUGCAUGUCAUGUUAGCCUUGUCCUUGCAGAUCUGCCUCACUAAGAACAGCACCCUGGAGCCUGUUAUGGCCAUCUACGUCAACCCCUUCGGGGGCAGCCACUCCGAGAGCUGGUUCAUGCCUGUCAACGAGGGCAACUUUCCUGACUGGGAAAGGACUAACGUGGAUGCAGCUGCCCAGUGCCAAAACUGGACAAUCACGCUGGGGAACAGGUGGAAGACUUUCUUUGAGACAGUCCAUGUUUACCUAAGGAGCCGAAUCAAGUCCCUGGAUGACAGCUCCAAUGAGACAAUCUACUAUGAACCCCUGGAGAUGACGGAUCCCUCCAAGAACUUGGGCUACAUGAAAAUCAACACCUUGCAGGUCUUUGGCUACAGCCUGCCCUUUGAUCCGGAUGCUAUCCGAGACCUAAUUCUCCAGCUAGACUACCCAUAUACGCAAGGUUCCCAGGACUCUGCCCUCUUACAACUCAUUGAGCUCAGAGACCGGGUCAAUCAACUCUCUCCACCUGGCAAAGUCCGACUGGACCUUUUCUCCUGCUUGCUCCGGCAUAGGCUCAAGCUGGCCAACAACGAGGUGGGCAGGAUCCAAUCCUCCCUGAGAGCUUUCAAUUCCAAGCUGCCAAAUCCUGUCGAGUACGAGACAGGCAAACUCUGUAGCUAA